CCGAGCUCCAUCCUGCGACCAAGGCAAGGCAGGCACCUUUCGCAUCUCGCAAAUAUCUUACUAUCCGCCUGCCCUGCUCUCCCCAGAGGAUUGCAGCUCGGUUUUUGCCUCUGCUUCCGAGAUACGGCAUGGUUAGGCGUCCUCUGGGCCGAUAAUUUCUCCCUUCCCCGCCGGGUCGCCCUACCAAUACCAAUUUCUUGUCACACCCGAGCUCGAUCGAGAUCGACCCCGACCCUUCCCAGAUCCGAAUUGAGUUUCCACCCCACCACCGAUCAUGCGCGAAACGACCGCCCAAGUCCAAGUUCAAUCCAGUGACCACGAGAGCCACGAUGCGGCCAUCUCGGACGUCACCGUGACCGUCGUCGGCGCUGACCAUCCCGAUGCGCCAAUUCGUGAUGCCCCGCGGGUCGAAGGCCUCGAGCAGGACAGCAGGCCCCCGACCCCGCGCUUCAUCCAGGAUGCGGGCUCGUGGAAGCGCUUCAAGUGGGUGCCGUAUCCCGUCCGCCGCAUCAUCAAGGCCACCGCCAAGUGGGCGCGCGGUCCUUCACAUCCGGGACGCUACCGGAUCGACCCUCUCCUGCCCCAGGUCCAGUACGCCCCGAUCGUGCUACUCGACAUGUACCUGCCGCGUAAGCGCCACAAGGUUCUCGCCGUCUUCGGCUUCUGGGGCGUAUGGCUUCUCACCUUCGCCUUGGUCAUGCGCCAGGGUCUCAUAGCGGCCGAGAUCCCCGACUGGGGUACGCCCACCCAGAUAGGCUGCGGGUCUACCUACUGGGUCUCGGGCAACGGCUGCGGCGUCGACGGCGUGGACUGCCGGCCUUUUACCGACGGCGGGUUCCCGUUCCGGUGCCCGGCAAACUGCGCCAGCUACCACGUGCUGAACCCGCGCGCCGUCGGGGACCAGGAGAUCAUCUACCGGCCGCUCGUCAUCGGCGGUCCCCCCGAGGCAGGCAACGGGACCGCGGUGUACCGUGGCGACUCGUACAUCUGCGGCUCCGCCAUCCAUGCGGGCGCCAUCUCCAAUGCCAAUGGCGGGUGCGGCGUGGUCCGGUUGAUCGGACGCGGGGCCCGGUACAACAGCACGACGAGGAACGGCAUCACAAGCAUCGCCUUCGACUCGUACUUCCCGCUCUCCUUCGCCUUCGAGCCGGGCAUCCAGUGCGACGCCCGCGACGUGAUCUGGUCCUUGCUCUCCAUAUCGGUCGUCUUCACCGCCGUCUUCUCUGUCUUUGUCACUUCGCCGGCCCUCUUCUUCUUCCCCGUCUUUACCGUCCUCUUCUGGACCGUCGGCAUGGCCACCGAUACCCCCAACCAUUCGAACAUAGCUAGCCUCUUCUCGAUCGAGAUCGGGAGGUUUCUCCCCGCCAUGUUCGUCGCAUGGGUCAUGUACGACAAGAUGGGCGUCAGGCGGACGCUCAAGGGCCUCACGGCUCAGAUCGAGAAGACGAUCCUCUGGCUCGGCGCCGCCUGGGUCGGCGCCCUGACCAACCACACGCUCGACUUCAUCCCCAUACAGCGCCUCACGCCCCACGACCUCAACCAACAGCCCGGCGCGCGGGCCGCCUUGGCCGUCAUCAUCAUCAUCAUCCUCGUCAUCGCGUCGGCCCAAGUCUGGUUCUUCCGCCAAGAAGGCCGUCUGGUGCGCAACCUCGAGCUCUACGGCCUCCUCGCCCUCGGCAUCAUCAUCUGCGCCGCCCUGCCGGACCUCAACCUGCGCGUCCACCACUACGUGCUUGCCCUCCUCCUCCUGCCCGGCACCGCCAUCCAGAUCCGCCCGUCUCUCCUUUACCAGGGCCUGCUCGUCGGCCUCUUCGUCAACGGCAUCGCCCGCUGGGGGUUCGAUCCGAUCCUGCAGACCGACUACGCCCUCCGCGGCGACGCGCCCCUGGACUCGCCCCUCCCGUCCAUCCGCCCGCCCGUCAUUGUGGGCAACAGCAGCAUCACCUUCUCGUGGGACCCGCCGCCGGCCGCGUACGACGGCAUCAGCGUGCUCGUGAACGACGUGGAAAGGUUCAGAAAGUACUUUGAUGACGGCGACGGGACCGACGUCUCCAACGUCACGUGGGUAAGGGAUGCGGAGGAUUCGAACAUGAAUGAGUACUUCCGGUUUGCGUGGAUGCAAGGCAGCCAGAGGGGGGACUACACCCGGGCGGGAACGUGGGAUGCGAAGGGGAGGUGGUCACAGAUGGCACCGGGGCCAUCCAAGCUGAGGACGAGAGACGAGGGCGGGGAUAUGAGGAGGAGGGCAUGAAGCAUUAUCUGGGAGUAGGGCGUUUGCGUUUUGAUCGAGUCAUGGGGCCGGGUAUCUUGUCUUGUUGUUUCUUGGGAUUCCUUUUCUUGGUGUUUUCAUGCCACAUUGUUGGGGGGGGGUUGUUUUGAGAGUCAACUGCAUGGAUAGGAAAGUAUCAACCAGCGCCUACUUGGCUCUCCCGCCAGACGCCCGUACACGCGAAGUCCCGCACGAGUCCACCGGAGCAGCCAUCCGAUGCUCCCCACUUUUUC